AUGCUGUUUGUACUGUUUUUCCUUUACACUAUUGUAGAUGAAAUUUCAUCGGCUUUCGCUUCUUCAUCAUCCCCAUCUACUUCAUCAUUGUCAUCGUUAUCAAAUAAUAAUCAUGAUCAUCAUAAUAAUAAUUUAAUAUUAGCUACUGGGUCAGCAUGUCCAUCAAAUCCUGGAAUUGCAUGUAGUCAUGAUUAUUUAUCAGUCGAUGCUCGUAUCUCUAAUGUUUAUGAUGAUUCUAGUAAAUUAUAUCCACCAGAUGAAUCAUAUUUAGUUGGGCAAAUUUAUGGUCCAAUCAGUAAUGUAUACGGUUUACAGUUUACAUCAAAUUUAAAUUUAUUAGAUCCAUAUAUUAUUCAUGGAAAAGGCAUAGUGUUAGAAUAUAUUGGUAAGCAUUAG